GAUCACACGAGCCACUGCGCCCUACCAUUGCCCUGUGCCUUCGUCUGACCUCCCGGCCGACCGUGGGGUCACACCUAUGAAAUACAGAAAGCCAUAAGCCCAUAACAUCAGAGGCAUGGCCACCGACAUGAACCAACUCGCUGCGCGGGCGCAGGCGAUAGAGCGCACCAUCUCUUCGCUUGCCGACCGUAAAGCUUCCGGCACUCAAUUCGCAACCGCAUUACAGCAGUACCGCGACCUCUGCGAACUGAUCCUAUAUGCCGAUUUCGAAUACGCCUCUGCCAAUGGCAUCGAAACUCAAUUGUGGAAUGCACACAUUACCGCCAAUACUGCUUUUCGGAGCCAGCUCAAAUCUGCCCGGCGCGACGCCAAAGAACGCCCCGUCGAGUUCAGGAAACUGAAGAAGGACUACCUGGGCUUCAUCAAGACUAGUCAGCGAUUCUACCGCCAGCAUAUUUUGAAACUAGAUGCCCAGUCCGGCGGGAUCCAGGAAUUGCGCAAGGUCGCGGAGAAAUGGAAGGAAGAUGCUUCCAAGAUUGCCUCCCUCAAACGUAUCCCGACAUCUCUGCGGGCCAAGGUCUUCCAAUCAUGCCACCAGACGCUCAUUCAGCUCGGUGACCUUUCCCGUUACCGCGCCAUGGAACUGGACGACAAGGAACGCAAUUGGGGUCCAGCCAAAGGAUAUUAUGAUCUGGCUGCAGAGAUCGACCCAGACAAUGGGCAAUCAUACAACCAACUCGCCGUCAUGGCGCGCGAAGACAACGACUAUUUUCGACUUAUAUAUUAUCUAUACCGAUCGCUUGCAUGCAAGACACCGCACCCUCACGCGAAGAAGAAUCUCGAGCUUGGAUUUAAGAAGAUUCUCGCCGCCUGGUCCAAAGGAGAAUCCAUCAGCCCUAAAUCACAAGAUGCGAACAUGGCUGGUGGAGCGUUGGUCCUAUGGUUUUGUCGAUUGCAUAGCAGAUGCUACAAAGGGGAGGAAUUCACCCUCCAUGACGAAUUAGAAAGCGAGGUGCUUAGCAAAUUGGCCAUUGACCUCAAGGAACGGCCAUUGGACCCUAUAUUGCAGAAGAUUAUUCUUACAAAUAUUGCCGCCGAAUAUUUUACCACCGUACAGAUGCAGGUUUCGAGCUCGCUGGAUAAUGUUGUGCAGACCUAUUUCUUCUUCUUGCGUCUUAACGUGAAGACGUUCUUCACACUUCUACAGAUAUUACAACCAGAACUAGAGCGUCUUUCGGAAGGAGAGGAUGUGACUCAAAACGGCGACCGUACACCCCAGCUAUCUGACAAGGUCACCGCCGUGGCACGCCGAGUACUUCCUGGCCUCCGCCUAUAUAGCACUUGGUUUACCGCCUACUGGCACAUUCUAGAUGCGAAGAUCGCCGAAGCUAACACUCUCUCCCCUGUGGAAGUUCAAGAGUUGUGGAAGGCUUACGCUGCUACGCUUACACUUCUUGCAUCCAGUUUUCCCGUUGGCGAACUUCCUACGGAUGAAUACUUGCUUGAAGAGGACGUUGAGACGAUUGGAUUCCAGCCGUUGGUGUCUCGCACUACGAAACGUUGGUUCAAUGAGGAUGGACUCAAGAGAAAAGUAACGGACAAGGAACGGAGCCACCCUAACAUUGAGAUGUUGAUGCGCGUUCGGGAUCUACUGAUCGAUGGUCUCGAGCUGACCCAGGACGAGAAGGUGCCGCUGGAUUUGGAUGGUUUCCGUUUCAUCUAUCGCGAAGCUGGCCUGCCAUCCGAGCUCCUGGCUAGCCCCAACAAUCGUGCUGAUGGCUCUCCAGUCCUCCCUGCUGAGCCAAUGGAGAUUCCACUAUUCCCGCAGGAGGGUCCGGCCGAGGAGAGCCACAAGACCCCAAGUGUUGCGGCGGCUUCCGAAUCUGCCUCCACCACUGUUGCAAAGGAUGCUGUCAUGAACCGAAUGGUAGAUGACCUGCUUGGACCGGACGACGGUUUAGAUCCUCUCCCUGAGGAAGACGAAAAUAUGCCUCCAACUCCACCAGAGCAGACCUUUGAGGACACCGCAAAGAUCACGAGUACUACGUAUGGCCUUGGAUCUAUCACCAUCAGCGACCUCGUCAGCUCAGUACAGAACUACAAGCCAACUGCCACCUCUCCUGCUCUCGGGACCCCUUUGGCUGCUAUGCCAAUGAACAGAGUUGCUUCGUCCUCGUCGUUCCGUCAGCCAGCGGCCUUGCCAUCUUUACCGGACGGCAGGAAUAAUGGAUCGUCUAUAUGGAACCGAAACGGACCGGCGUCUCCAUUACUUGGGCACGAGCUAAUGGCACAUGGCUCGCCGAUGAACGGAACGAUGGCGCACUCACCUGGGCAUGCCCGUGGCGAUUCAGAGAAUUCUAAUGAUUGGAAUGGACUUCCUAUUGCCGGUACUCCUGCUCAUCGUCUUUCUAGUGGGCUCGGGAGCGGUGCUGCAUGGGGCAAUCCCUCGUCGUCACCCCAUGGUCCUGUUUACGGAAACAACAACCUCAAUGUGAAUGGAUACAACCAGUACCCGCAAGCAACUUAUACCGACAUCAACAUGGGCAGCCCAUCCCUCUUUGGCAAGUACAGCAGCUGGAACCCAGACUUGGGGCAGAGCUCUUACUAUCGUACUCCUCCCAAUGGGCAAGGUGGUUGAUUCUUCUGUCGAUCAGCCGUUGAAGGCUGUGACAAGUAUCUUUGAAUUCCUGGUCAUUGACAAAUAAACCCGAUAUGUUCUACUUGGCAAUCCUGCCACCCAAUCAUGCAACCCGUACA